UGCAAAUCUGGUUUCUGCACACUUGCCAUGGCGGCAGGGUGAGGAAGCUUCAGCCUUCACCAUUGGCAUCACGAUCUGUCUUCGGCUCUGAAAGGAUUGUUCAAAUCUUAGAAGCCAUAGGUAUUGCUGGUGGCUGGCUUCGACAAAGAUGGAAGGAGGAGCUUCUGUUUUGACUGACGGGGUUCAUUGUUCAUGGACACAGCAAGAAAUUGAGAAGUGGUGAACAAGAAGCAGAACCAAUAGCUUUGAGGCAGGAUGGCAGGAUCUCGUCCGCUGAUUGAUCUAGGCGACUGGGGAUUGGACCCCCCUCCACCAGAAGCAGCACCGACGCCCCACUUUCACAAAAGCAAGGUCGUCCUGCCCCCGCCACCGGAAGGCCCUCCUCGGAGGAGACGCUCCGAGCCGUCUCUCUUCCCGCUCGCGACAAGCCCUGUUCAGGAUGCGCCAAAACAGGGGGUCCAGUCGUUUGCCGCGCUUGAUCUGCUCAGCGACUCAGUGCCUCUGGCUGGCCCCCCUGCCGGCAAUCCCUUCUUGAGUGCAAAUGGGAGCACCCCCUUGAAUCAGAGCACCGGCGCGUACCCGGGGUACCGCGAUGAGGCGGUCAGGCGGAGCUACGACGUUGCGCACACGCCUAGUUCUCGGACGUCUCAUUCGCUGCCUCCUAGUAUGCUGAGCUCAAGGGACGAUCUCUUAAGCAGUCAGGCUGCGCCGAGGAACCCUAAUGAGCAGUCAAUAACCCUUUCCAAUGGGGUGGGAAUUGCCCCUCCGUCCCGGGUGCGCUCCAAGAGCCCGCUCCCCCCCCUCAGCAGAGAUGCCCCCCCUUUAGCAGAUCCGUCCAGCCUGCCCCCCCUACCAUCCCCCAUUUUGUCAGACUCCCCGCACUUGCCACCAAAUUUUGGCCAGGCCCGGUCGGAGCCCGCUUCUCUGGCAUCCUCCGCUUCGUCGUUCCACGGCCCCCCUGUAAAUAGAUCCACCGACUUCGCCUCCAGGGGGGGUACCCCCAGCAGCUCAGGCAUACCCCCCAUUGCACGGCGGUCGUCCCCGAUGCGUGCCUCUGCCCCUGCUGCCGACUCCAUUGACAAGCUCUUUGCGACCCUAAGCGGGCAGCGACAAGGAGACGGCCUCGCAGCCCCCCCCAACGGAGCAGACGGCUUCACGUUCCAGUUCGGCAAGGCCAACCCAUUCUUCACGCCCAGCGCACUCACCCCCUUGGCAGAAAGCACGGAUACAGCAGAGGGAGCGCCCGCUGAUGUCACCUACCCGGCUGCCACAGACUGGGAGGAUCAGUUCGACUUCUUCGUGAACAACAGGCUCCCCCCCAGCUCCCCCCCUCCGGGCACCGUCACAGAAAGUGUGACGGAAAGUGCGGGGCCCUCUUUUGCUGCGGAGGAACCCGCCGGGCCCUCUCCCGCAGGCACAAUAUGGAAAGUCCUCAACACACAGGGCCUCGAGCCCGCGCCGGAGUCCGAAGCCAGCCUGACUCUCGCGCCGUCGUUCAAGCUCGACAGCCCAAAGGUAGCGAAGCAGCCCCCCGUCUUCGUGGGGAGGAAGGGAGGCGCCGCCGCCCCGAUGCGCGCCGCCGUCUCCCCAAACCGCCCGACGUGCAUCGAGCUUCGGCCGGCCCCCCUCCGCGGCUCGAAAGCGGACCAACCCGCGCGCGCUCUCGCGUGCACCGAGACGGCCGUCUGGGCCGCCGUCGACGGGGGGGUCAAAGUGUGGGACGUCGAGGCGGCGACCGCGAGCGCGAGCAGCGGGGAGAACAACGUGACGUCGGGGGACGAAGACGCGGCCGCGUUCACGUUCUUGGCGGUGCACGGGACAACGAAAGUGCUGUGUUUGUGCGCCGACUUCGGGCGGGAAGUCGUGUGGAGUGGGCAUAGUGACGGGAAGGCGCGCGCGUGGCCGAUGGCGGUGCCGGGCCCGGGGGCGGGCGAGGCGGUGACGUCGUCGCUGAUCUGGGGUGCGCACAAGUCGGCUGUGACGGCGCUGUGUGUGACACCGUAUGGCGAUCUCUGGACGGGCUCCGAGAGCGGCAACAUCAAGUGCUGGCCGAGCGACGCGUGCGCCCGCUCGAUCACGCAGGGCGCGAAGCAUGACCACACGGCCGCGCAGUAUAUGCAGCACGCGGGGUUCACGCUCAAGGGCAAGCUCGCGGGCGACAGCAACCAGGUGCACUCCGAGGUGCGGUUCCUGAUGGUCGAGCGGGUGUACAGCCGGGUGUGGAGCGGAGGGCAGCACUCGGUCGCGCUCUGGGAUGCCCGCACCCAUACUCUGGUGCGAGUCGUCGGCACCAACAUCCAGAACGAGUUCGUGCACCCUCCCCGCGCGCUUGCGUCCCGCGAGCCGUCCCCGAUCGAGAUCCGCCCGGCGGAGGAGGACGGCCCGGAGAUUGCGGAUGCCCGGAAAGACGACAAGAAGGAGCGGAAAGAAGAGCGGAAAGAACGCGCGGGGUUCAGCCGGCUGAGCACGAAGACGGAACGGCACGGGGGCGGCGCGAUGUCGUUCCUGCGCAAGUCGCGCGACGCGGUGUUGAAAGGCGCGGCGGCGAUGGUUUCGGCGGCGGGUGUGAAUACGCCCCCCGGGGGCCCCGCGAACGACCCGACGCGGUUGAGCGCUCUCGUCGCGGCGCCGGACGGGACGAUCUGGGGCGGGUACGGCGACGGCCGCUUGGUGCAGUGGGACUGGCAGGGCAACAAGGUCUCGGAAAGUCAGCCGAGUCUAGUUCCCGUGCGGUGCAUGUGGGUCGUCGGGCUGCGCGUCUGGAUCGGGUACGCGGACGGGCGCAUUCACAUUUUGAACGGGCGCAGCGGGAAGGCGCUCGCGGUGUGGCGCGCGCACAGUUCGGAGGUGACGAAAUUGGCGCAAGCGGGGGAGUGGGUUUUCAGUCUCGCGGCGAGGGGGGGGAUCCGGGGGUGGAGUAUGCGGACGCCGAACACGGUGGAGCAUAUCAUACGGGAGGAGAUGACGGCGUGCUGCGAUACGUAUACGAGGUCCAAGGCGAUCCAGAUCCUGGCGGGGACGUGGAACGUGAACGAGCAGAAGGCGACGCCCAAGGCGCUCAAUGAAUGGAUUGCCGAGAAGUCGAGGCCGGCGAGCGUGGUCGUGAUUGGGCUGCAAGAGGUCGAGAUGGGCGCGGGGAGCCUCGCGUCAAGCCUCGCGAAGGAAACCGUCGGGUUAGGCCUCCAGGAAAAGGGUUCCGCGAUGGGUCAGUGGUGGUUAGGGGCGAUAACCGCCGCUCUCGGUGCGGAGGAGUGGGAGAAGGUCGCGAGUCGGCAAAUGGCGAGCAUGCUGGUCGGGGUUUGGGUGCGGCGAGAGUUGCUGCCUUACGCGGGGGAGUUUGAGUACGGCGCGGUCGCGUGCGGGUUCGGGCGCGCGCUCGGGAACAAGGGCGCAGUCGGCGUGCGGUUCAACAUGUUUCGGCGAACGGUGUGUUUUGUCAACUCGCAUUUUGCCGCGCACAUGGAUGCGGUCGCGAAGCGCAACGAGGACUACGAGCACAUCGCGCGGCGGAUGGUGUUCGGGAAGUACCAGGGGGUGGUUGUGGCGGGGGUUAGCGCGGUCGGCAACGCGGUUAACGCAGCGGCGUACGGGUUAUCGUCCGCGGUCAAGAACGCGGUCCAGAACGCGCAGAAACGGGGCGAAAGCGGGAAGAACCUGACGGUCGUUUUGGAAACCGGGGGAAACGUGCAGGUUCCGGAUCUCGACGCGGAGCUCCCGAGCCCGAUCGUCGAUACGGACCCGCUCGGACAGCCGGACCUGUCCGAAGCGGACCUGCUGAUUUGGCUCGGCGACUUUAACUACCGGAUCGAUAACCUGCCGUUCGAGGAAGUGGUCGACGCGGUUCGGGAGAAGAAGUGGGAUUGGCUCCUGGCUAACGAUCAGCUCCGGACAGAAAUGGCGGGCGGUCGCGCGUUUCAGGGGAUGUGCGAAGGGGCGAUUCUGUUUCCGCCGACUUACAAGUUCGACAAGAACACGGGCGACCCGAUGGGGUAUGACUCGAGCGAGAAGAAGCGGAUUCCGGCGUGGUGCGACCGGAUCCUGUUCCGGGACAGCUUCGACAAGCCGGAGGCGGAAAAGGUGUCCAAGCUCGCGCAGCCAGUGCGGGCCACUGUCGUCAGCUACGAGGGCGUCAUGGACGUGACUGACAGCGACCACAAGCCGGUGCGCGCGGAGCUCGCCGUCGAUCUCGCGGUCAUCGACGAGGCCGCGCGCCGGCGCGAGUACGGGCGCGUUUUGCGCACCAACCCUGAGCUUCUCUCUUUCCACCACCGCUGCAACGCGCUCCCGGACUGCACGGUCAGCGACCGGCAGAUCAUCGUCGACGGGCGCGUUCCGGCGACCGUACGGCUGACGAACCACGGGACGGAGUCGCCCUGCUGGUACGUCGUGCGGGCCGACAAUAAGCCGCCGACCGACUGCGACUGCUGUAUAAGUAUGAGCGCGGACAAGGGCGCGGGUUUCCCGUCGUGGCUGAAGGUCCGGCCGGCUGCGGGGAUCGUGCCGGGCGCGCAGAGCGUCGCGAUCGAGUUCGAGUUCGCGCGGAAGGGCGUCGACGAGGACGAGGAAAGUGAGGCGAGCGGAUCGGGGCGGAAACACAGUUGGUGGGCGAACGACGAGAAAGACGUGUCCGUCAGUCUGGUGAUUUUGGUCCGGGGGCCGUUGGCGUCGGACUACGUGACGCACCGGGUGUGCGUGAGCCACGGGCCGAACGCGCGGCGGCACGCGCCGGGACGGGUGACGAGUCGAGCGCCGGAUCUCGGACGGCCGCCGACGCCGCCGAGAGACACGACGAGAACGCCGACCGCGAAGGUGGUGACGCCAACAGUCGUGGCGCCGCAGCCGCUGCAGGAUCUGUUGAGUUGGGACUGACCGUUGGGCCGAGAUUGAAUUGUACCCAUAACUGUUGAUAAUUAUGAUCGGUCAGAGUCGGGUGUGAUGUCGAAUGGAAGAAGCCGCUUUCAUUGUCGGAGAUAGUGUUUCAUGAAUUAUGCCACA